GCAAUUACUACAAGCAAGGAGAGAUUCGUAAGAAGGAGCUGGAGCAGAGCUGUGGCCUCCUGGGGAUUCCUUCGUCCGACGUCACAGUCAUCGAUCACAGGGAUCUUCCUGAUAAUCCUGCAGUGGAAUGGGACACGCAGCUCCUGGCCACCUUGGUGCUACAGCACAUAGAAGCCAAGAACAUCGACCUGGUGGUGACCUUUGAUGCAAGAGGAGUGAGUGGCCAUGCUAACCACAUUUCUCUUUACUCUGCUGUAAGGUACCUGCAUUCAGAGAGGAAGUUACCUGAAG